AAUGCAGGGUCUGGGGAGAGCAGAUAUAGUGAAUGCAGUGGUCCUGGGGGGAGAGCAGAUAUAGUGGAUGCCGGGUCCGGGGAGACCAGAUAUAGUGAAUGCAAGGGUGCAGGGAGACCGGAUAUAGUGAAUGCAGGGUCUGGGGAGACAGAUAUAGUGAAUGCAGGUGUCCGGGGAGACCAAAUAUAGUGAAUGCAGGGUCUGGGGAGACAUGGAUAUAGUGAAUGCAGGGUCCGGGGAGAGCGGAUAUUAGUGAAUGCAGGGUCCGGGAGAGCGGAUAUAGUGACAUGCAGGGUCUGGGGAGACCGGAUAUAGUGAAUGCAGGGUCCUGGGAGCCCCGGAUAUAGUGAAUGCA